UUUAGUAAUUAGCAAUGGAAGAUGGAGCGGCGAGAACCUAUGGAGAUAGAAGCAGAAACGUAGCUCACAUGUGGAGCCAGUGGCAAUUGCUUGAUUCCGUUCUUCCAACGGGCGGAUUCGCUCAUUCUUUUGGGCUAGAGGCAGCAAUUCAAGCGCGUCUAGUGACGGGACCUGAAGAUCUGAAAACGUAUGUGAUCCAUGUUCUCGAAAACACCGCGAGUCUUCUUCUCCCUUUCGUUUACUCUGCAACUAUUUCUCCGGACAUGGAAACCUGGCACAAGCUUGAUCGGACGCUGGAGGCCACGCUAACGAACGAUGUGAGCCGAAAGGCGUCAAUUUCGCAAGGAUCUGCACUCAUGAGAGUUGCCUCUGCGGUUUUCUCGGAACUCCCGAUUCUCAAAGCGAUGAGAGACACCUCUCUGUGUAGCGGAAAUGUGAGAUUCCACCAGGCGCCGAUCUUCGGUAUGGUUUGCGGGCUUCUCGGAAUGGAUCCAGAAGCUUCUCAAAAGGGCUACAUGUACAUAACAAUGAGAGAUUUGGUGUCUGCUGCAACAAGGUUGAAUCUUGUGGGACCCCUGGGUGCAGCAGUUUUGCAACACCAGAUUGCUUUAAUCUCCGAUGAUUUGUCCAGAAAAUGGAUGGGCCGUCCUGUGGAAGAUGCGUGCCAGACUUGUCCAUUGAUCGACACUGUGCAGGGCUGCCAUGGUUACUUGUUUUCCAGGCUCUUUUGCUCCUGAAUUCCUAUGGACAUAAAUUUGCUGCCUGCCAAUAAUGCCUACUGCCCGUAGUCCCUUACUAUGCAACUUAGCUGCUUAAAUUCUUGGUCAGCCCUUAGGCUAUUAUGCCGGCUUUAGAAGGAUGGAUUCAACUUGCUCACUAGCCCGGAUCACAGGAAUACUUUUCUACUAUUCUCACCGAAAUUGAUUGUGAAUCGGCUUCAGGCUAAGAAAGAAGAGUCAUGUUCAACCGAUUGAAGAAAGCCUGGUUCGAUAUUAGGCAUAGCUUAAGAAACAAGAACAAGUAUGUAAUGGUAAGUGCAGAAUUGCAAUUUCGGGGCCGUUUCCUUAAUUAACAAGAAUUUGGAAACUCAUUUUUCUAAAUAAUUAGCACAAUGAGAGGUACAUAAUCUUUUAAUACAGUUUGUGUGCCAAACUAAUCAUUCAUGCUGUAAAACUAAAUCUAGCAACCCUAGAAACAAUAUUCUGUUUUCUGAAUGACUAGUCCAAGGACAAAAAGUGUACAAGUCUUUGUAUAUUUCAUUAUGUAGAAAAGGUUGAUAA